AUGACCAAGCGAGAAUUCCGUGACCUAAGAACGAUCUCGUGGUAUUUCUGUGCCUACGCGCUAAUAUGGCUGGACCCCUCGAGGAAUGCUGCUUUUGGCCAGGGUACCUUGAUCUCCAACCUGUUCAACAACGUCGGCCAGCCUCUGUACCUGACCUCCCUGAUCGAGAAAGGCCAGCUAGAUAUGGCCAAGUCCAGCAGCCGCGUGGGAUCUCUGGGUUUCGUGGAGAACCUUCCCAGUUACUCUGGCUUCCUGACCGUCAACCCGAACCUGGGAAGUAACAUCUUCUUCUGGUUCUUCCCCGCCAUGGAAAAUCCCGAAACUGCUCCAGUGGUCUUGUGGUUGCAAGGCGGCCCAGGCAGUUCUUCUUUGUUCGGCUUGUUCGUAGAGCACGGGCCAUACUCGGUGUCUAAGGAAGGAGUCCCCCAGCUACGGCAGGUCACGUGGGCACGGCAAUAUUCCAUGCUGUACGUGGACAACCCUGUGGGUGCAGGUUUCAGCUUUACACAGCACGACCAGGGCUACGCUAGGAACGAGACCGAUGUCGGCGAGGAUCUGCUUGAAGCCUUGCAGCAGUUUUUCACGCUCUUUCCUGAGUAUGUCAGCAACGACUUCUAUGCCACUGGGGAGUCGUACGCCGGCAAAUACGUCCCCGCCAUUGCCCACGCCAUCGACACCGCCGUCCAACCACGGGUCAGCAUCAACCUUAAAGGGAUCGCAAUCGGAAACGGUUUCGUCGACCCUGUUACAAUGAUGGACUACGGAACCUACCUCUACGGAAUUGGCCUCGUGAAUCGACAACAAGCAGCCGUCUUACAACAAAAGACCGACACUGCCAUAAGCCUAAUCAAUCAAGGGCGUUAUGCGGAAGCGAACGACGAAAUUGGGCCUGUUCUUGGUGGUAACCCAAGCAUCUUCGAAAAUUACACCGGGUUCACCUUCUACUAUAAUUACCUCCUAGUUAAGGAACCCGCAGAUCAAGAAUAUUACGCUCCUUUUCUUCAGACCACCCGCGUGCGCAAGGCGAUACACGUGGGGACCGUUCCAUUCUCUGACUUCAACACCACAGUGUACGAUAAGCUUAAUGCAGACCAGAUGGUUUCAGUGAAACCAUGGUUCACCGCAUUACUAGAGAGGUACAAGGUUCUUCUGUACAGCGGACAGCUGGACGUCAUCAUUCCAUACACCUUCACAGAAAACUUCCUCGCCUCCCUAAACUGGUCAAGGGCGAGUGCGUUCGCGAACGUGCCCAAACAGGUCUGGAGGACUCCGGACGGAAGUGACGUCUACGGGUACGUGAGGCAAUUAGACAACUUCACCGAGGUCAUGGUCCGGAACGGAGGACACAUCCUUGCCUAUGAUCAACCAGCGGUGGCCUUUGACAUGAUAACAAAGUUUAUAGACGACAAGCCUUUCGCUUGA